AAUUAACAUCUGACCAAAACAUGAUCUUUUGUUUAUUUAUGGCUGAAAAUAGAGGAACGAUAGGAAGAAAUAAUUUUCAUCCUUAUGUGCAUCAAACACCAAACUUGUAUUGAAUUAUUAAAUUUUUAUUCUUUAGCAAUUAUUUAUUUUUGUAUUGACUGUUGCAUGCAGACCAUUCAUUAAAUUUAUUUCGCAAAAAUUCGAAAAAACCGAGCUAUUAAAAGCACUGUGCAGCGAGUGAAAAGCACGUGAAACAUCUCAGAAUAAUGGAAUUGUUUGCUAUUAAUCGAUUCACGCUUAAGCAAGAGAAUGAAGAAAAGAAGGAAAAUGAAAUUUUAGAAAAGCUACAGCAUAAAGUGAAAAAGGCGAAGCGUCGACGUGUUGAAGAGAACGAAAAAAAAUUGCCCAUUGAGUCCACCGUAGACGAACCAAGCCCAGUUAAUGAUCUAACCGAAGAAAAGAUUGAUUUUUCUCCAAGCCUCGAGAUUGCUGCGGAGAAUGAGAAAAAUGGAGAUCUCCUUCAGUCAGACGAACUAAAUGGUUUCGAGAUAUUAGGACAAAAUAAUGUUACUAAGGUAGGAAAAAAUUCUAUGGUUUUGCCCGGGUGGCUAGCUCGCCCUGAGGUUGUGCCUAUUGCCAUUGCCACAGCAGAUCAAUCAAUUGAUCGGGAAGGAGAUUUAUCUACAAUUCCAUAUUUAACCCCAUAUGUACGCAAAGCGUUGAAAGAAUUGAACAUCAAUAGAUUGUUUCCAAUACAAAAGGCCGUAAUUCCUUGGAUUUUGGACGCUCAUUCGAAACCACCGCCUUUCCGACCGCGCGAUUUGUGCGUAUCGAUGCCAACCGGAAGUGGGAAAACUUUGUCGUUUGCUAUUCCCAUCGUCCAACUAUUAGCAAACCGCGUUCAACGAAAAAUACGGGCUUUGGUGAUAUUGCCAGUAGCAGAACUGGCAGUUCAGGUGUUUCGGGUUUUUAAAAAACUAUGUGAGCAAACUGAUCUUUCCGCUUGUCUACUUUCGAAGCAAACACCUUUGCAUGUCGAACAGACAAAAUUAAUCGAUUUAUAUAAAGGUGAAUAUUAUUCAAAAGUGGAUAUUUUGAUUACGACACCAGGUCGUCUUGUCGAGCACCUUCACUCUACUAAAGGAUUCUGCUUAAAAUCUCUGCAAUUUCUUAUAAUUGAUGAAGCAGAUCGCAUAAUGAGCGAUGUUUUCCAAAAUUGGCUACAUCAUCUCAAUGCUCAGAUACGAGUGACCUCCACUCACUUAUUGGCUCGGACAGCACCUUUAUGUUACAGCGAAUUGGAGCUAACCCACUCAAAAACACCGCAUAAAUUGCUAUUUUCGGCUACGCUUUCAAAAGAUCCGGAAAAAUUGCAAUAUUUAGAACUGUUCCAGCCAAAACUUUUUACAUCGAGUGCAGAUAAUGUAAACGCAUUUGAAUAUUUCGCUGACGUAUCAUCCAAAUUAGAAACGGAUGUCGGAGAGCAGUUUAGCAGAUAUACCGUUCCUGCGGAAUUGACUGAAAAGUACUGUUUAACGGAAAGUCGGUUAAAGCCGUUGACGUUGUUUGCCCUCAUCAUGGAACACAAAUGGUCUCGAUUUUUAUGUUUUACCAACAGUGCACAGUCUUCGGGCAGAUUGUCCUUUGUUCUAAAUAAAUUAUUUGGCAAUCGUGUAAAAGUUGGUGAGCUUUCAGCCUCAUUGAACGCUAAAGAACGUUCAAAAAUGUUAAGUUCAUUCAUCCGUGGUAAAAUCAAUGGAUUAGUGUGUACGGAUGCAUUGGCAAGAGGUAUUGACAUACCUCAGGUGGAUAUUGUCAUUUCCUACGAUCCUCCGCGACACAUCAAGACUUAUAUACAUCGUAUAGGUCGCACAGCACGCGCUGGCCGUCCGGGUACAGCAAUUACAUUGUUAAAUCAAAAGGAGUGGUCCGAUUUCAAUCAAAUUUUAAAGGAAUCGGGAAAAGGAAUAACAGACGAACUUUUGGCACCCAUUAACAUCGAAACAACGCAUGCAAACGAAUACUCAGCAGCCUUAACAGCUUUACGUGCGAAAAUCACAACCAACAGCCGCCUUCGAAUUUUACAAAAGGAGCGAAUGAAAGAAAAGGCCUUGCUGGCUACCACCGAUACCGCUGGAAUGACGCUCAUGGAGAAAUUACAAGUGCAAGCCACUGUUCAGGUGCACAAUAAAGCUCCUAGCAAGAGUUCGCUGCUAAGCGAAAAGAAAAAUCCCAGUAAAAUGUUUAAGCGUAGAAAGCAAAAAGAAUAAAGCAAUUUUCGCGCUAUAUAGGUUAAAUAAGUAGACCUGAUUUUUGUAUUCCCAAACAAGAUUUGUCGAUUAGGUUUGCCUUAUUAUACAUUCGCAUAUUUUAGGGAACGAUAUAGAUGAGAGGGAAACAUUAUCAAGUGGAACGAAAAAAAAUUCGAUUUGAAUUCAAUCGACAUAAAUAUGCCAAACAACAGUAUAACCAAUGUCUAUGAAGAAAAGGGGCGUAAUUUUAAAUUUCACUUUAACUAGCGAACGUCGAAAACAAUAAUUUUUAACAGCAGCCGUUAAUAGCUUUGUAUUAAUGGACACCUUCGAAAGAUUUGCAGCAAAUGAUAAAUAAAAUGUAAUCAUUUCCAAA